UUUGUGAGAACAUUCGGGCCCGUGCCGCUCGCGCAGAGCUUGCGGGUACACGCUGCGGUCGGUGGUGACAUCUGCGUCGGCGGAUGUCUCUGGCCGAGUCAUGGCUCUCGCCGUUCGAGUCGUUUAUUGUGGCGCUUGAGGCUACAAGUCUAAGUAUUGUCAGCUCAAGAAGCGCUUAGAAGAUGAGUUCCCCGGCCGUCUGGACAUCAGCGGCGAGGGGACCCCCCAGGCCACCGGGUUCUUUGAAGUGAUGGUAGCAGGGAAGUUGGUUCACUCCAAGAAGAAAGGUGAUGGGUACGUGGACACAGAGAGCAAGUUUCUGAAGCUUGUUGCUGCCAUCAAAGCCGCCUUGGCUCAGGGGUAAUGUGCCCUGAAGGCAGAGCCCAGGGACCUUGGCCCAGCCCCUCUUGGCAGACGCUUCAUGACAGGAAGGAUUGAAAUGUCUUCUGGACGCGUGGUCUUUCCCAGAAUCUCUUGCGUUCGCCGGGUCGGGGCAGAGGUUGACGCCCCUGGUCUUUGCCUCUGUGUGUGUGUGUGUGUGUCCAUUCUGGGAGUCUAGUUUUUCACACUGGCCCUACUGCCUUCCCGUUCCCCCACUUUCGCUAUCUCUCCCUGUGUCCCCCCCAUAUCUCCACUUCUAUCUCCCAGAGUUUAUGGGAGGUCCCACCUCAGGCUUCCUUCUCAGGGGGAGCUAAGAGGGGGAUCAGGAUGUGUGAGUGAGUGUCUCAGAUUGCAGCAACUGUUGAAAUGGUUCACGUUCAAUAAACAUUGGGUGAGUUUACCCA